CAUAUCUGCCUACAGUGUUCACACUCCAGCGCCAGCUCCAGCGCCAGCGCCAGCGCCAGCGCCAGCGCCAGCGCCAGCGUGCGACGCCAGCAACCUUUUUCGUUAACCCGCACUCGGUCCUUAGGGCGCGUGGUGCAGCCUUAUCCCGAACUAUAGCCGCGACAUUCCCAAUCCAACCCGCGGCGCUUCCUCACACUCCGGUUGUGUUUGUCUCGCACUCGCAUUCAUCCGUACAUUCGGGCUCCCUUUUCUGCCUUGCCGCGCCCUGUUUUCGCCCCUGCUUGUCAUACUGUCGCCCGGCCAUUGCUUUGCUGCAUACUGUUGCAUUUUCUCUGUGUUGCAUAUGGGGCUCAUCCGUGGACGCUGGUCAUCUUCCUGCAGCUCAGCGUGUUAUUAAUGUUUGUCUCUACCUUUUGCCAAAGCGCGCACACUAGCUCACGGCGCACCCGACAUGAGCUGUGAACUCGCAAGCUCCUGCAAACUAUGAGCCUCCUUAGCACACGAACAACAUUAUGACUUGCAGUAUCUUUAGUAGAUGCUUCGCGGCACCCGCAGACGAGCGUUCCGACGCAGACGAAGCCUGCGGCUGGAGGUCAGCGCCCCAGCAAGCUGGGAGCCCAUUGGAGCUGAGCACACUGGUUGCGGAGCUGACGCGGAGCGGGGAAGGAUGGUGGACUGACCUCUCAGGCGCUGCGCGGGCCAUCGCCUUUCAUUUGUCGCUUGAACAUGCAAGCAUUUUGUUCUCAACCGGAGCCGGGGCGGCAGCGCUGGCGUCGGCAGGCGCGCCCCUGUUUGACAUUCAGCCGCUCGGUAAACUAAUCCUCCCACCAGCAAGCGCUUCGAGCACGAACACAUCGCCAUACGUCAGUGGCGCCUCCAGCAACAACACGGCAUGGUCGUCGGAAUGCGGCAGCACACCCUGCGCGGACCUGUGCGACGCUGCGGGGCUGAUAGCAGCAAUCCUGGAGCAGGAGGGCCCUGUACCGGUGGUGUUCCGGUCCUAUGCGCUGCCCGCCUCCGCCGCCGCCGCCACCUGCAGCAGCCAGCACCUGCUGCAGGUCGCCAAGCGGGCGGGCGCGGGCGCCCCGGUCGCGGCCGCCAAGGGCGCGGGCGUGGGCAGGGGUGCGGCGGCGCCCCCGCGGCGCUACCUGGCGGCGGUGGGCAUCCCGGCGGGCGGGGCGAUUGCGGGCAUGUUGCUGCUGGCGGGCACAGGCCCCGCCGGCGCGCCCCCUCCCUGCCUGGCCGCGCCCGCGCUGCGCAUGCUGGCCAUGGCGCUGUCGCCGCUGCUGCGGCCGCCGCAGCUGCCGCUGGCCCGGCGCUGCCUGGCGGAGCUGGCGGCGGCGGGCACCAUCAGCGAGCUGGUGCGGCGGCUGGCGGCGGCGGCGGCGGAGCUGCUGGGCGGCCCCGAGGGCGGCGUGCGGGUGGCGCUGGCGCCGCGUGUGGCACUGCUGCGGGAGGAUGGCAGCGCGGCUGUGUUGUUCUCGGUCGCUGACGGGGGGUUGGGCGGCGGCGGAACCGCUACCGCCACCGGAGGCAACUCGGUGUGCCGCCGCCGCAGUACGGAGGUGGUCAUGGUGGAGGCGGCGGGCGGCGGCCACGUGCCCGCGGCGGCGGGGCCCGGCACUGGCGGCGGCGGCGGCGGCGGCGGCGGCGGGCUGGUGUCUGGGCAGCCCAGCGGUGCGUGCAAUCGCUCUGGAGAUGCGUACUUCCUGUCCGGUGCCGGCUCCCUGGGCGGGCCCGGCACACGCCUCCCACACCACACGCACGCCCCCUCCCUGGGCGCCGCAGCGGCGGCCGGCGGAGGCGGAGGCGGCGCCCCCAGCGCCGCCGGCCUGGGCGCCGCGGGGCCUGGUUGUGCGGGUGCGGCGGGCGGCUGCCGCGGCCAGAGCCUGUCGCUUGUGGGCACGCUGCUGGCGGAGGCGCUGGCGCGCGGCCCGGGCUCGGGGCUGUGCAUCGCCGACUGCAACGCCUACGUGCAGGACUCCAAGGCCUUCCCACGCGACCUCAUGUUGCUCUCCGCCGCGGCGGGCGGCAGCGCCGCCGCCGCCGGGCCGCCGCCCCAGUCCCUGGCGCUGGCCACCGGCUGCCGCGCUGACGGCCGCCCCCUGCUGGCGCUGUACGCCACCUACGGCUCCAUCCUGCCGCAGGCGCUGCUGCAGACCGUGGCGCAGGAGCUGGGCCAGCUGCUGCGCGCCGUCACGCCGGCGGCGGCGGCGGCGCUGGCGCCCGGCGGCGCCAUGUCGGACGAGUGGCGCUACCUGCACGACGAGCUGCUGGCGGCCGGGCCCGCCGGCUCCGCACCCACCGGCGUCAGCCGCUCCGCACCGCAGCUCUGCCUGGCGCCGACCACCGCCGUGGCGGGCGCGACCACCGCAGGCACCGCGGCGGCUGCGGCAGGGGUUGCGCCCGCCGCCUCGCAGCAGCGCCUGCAGCCGCAGCCGCGCACGCCGACCGUUAACACAGCGGGCGGCGGCGCCGCCAGUGGUGUUGCCGCGAUCGACACGGCCCUCACAGGGCCCUCCGCAGCCGCGGCCAUGCCGAUGGCGGCGGGUGCCGAGUGUGGCAUCGCUGCCGCUGGCGGCGCCGCCGCAGCCACGGCGGCCGGCAUGAGUCCAGCCACCGGCCGCGGCGCCGGCGUGCUGGCGGCGGUUGGAUCCAUGUUCCGCCGGAACGGCAGCACCGCCGCAUCGGCGGCGGCGGCGGCGGCAGCGGCAGUGGCGGCGGUGCCGCCGCCAGCUGGCGCACAUGGUGCGGCGCCGCCAUCUGGGCUGACGGCGGCGGCGGCGGUGCGCAGUGGCGGCGGCGCCAUGAGCUCCGCCGGUGCCGACGAGCUGGUCCGCGCCAUGAAGGCCGCCGCCACUGCCAUGAGCGGCGGCGGCGACGACGACAGCGACCGAGCCCGACUGGCGGCCUUCGUGACCGGCGGCGCCGGCGGCGGCGCCGGCGGCUGUGGGGUUGGGAAUGGGGGUGGGAAUGGGGGUGGUGUUGGCGGCGCCGUGGCAAGCGGUGGCGUUGCCGGCGGCGGGGCUGGCGCCGGCGCCGUCAGUAGCGCAGCAGCCGGCGUCGCGGACAGCAGCGCUCGCAGCCUGUGUACUGCGGUGGGUGCCGCCGCCAUCACCUCGGGCGGCGCCGCCAGCACUGCCGCCACGGGCCGCACCGCCUGCGGCACCGCCGCCAGCAGCGCCCUGGCCACCGGCCGCACCAGCUUCAGCCUGGAGGUGGCGGGCAGUCCGCGGGCGGCGCUGAGGCUGGCGCCGCUCAUAUCCACGCUGCAUGAGCGGCUCAAGACAGCGCAGGCCGAGCAGCUGACCGCCAGCAGCCGCGCCGCCAGCCGGCUGCAGGACCUGGAGAGCCUGCGCUUCCUGGAGCGGGUGGGCAAGGGCGGCUACGGCUCCGUGUACCGCGGGCUGUACCACGGCGCCGAGGUGGCCAUCAAGGUCAUUGAGGACCCGGCGGCCGCCACCCUCAACUCAACACCCAGCGCCGCUCCCAAGCAGGCAGCGGCGGCCGCAGCCGCGGUGGCGCCGGACGGCGCCGCUGCAGUGGCCGCCGCCGCCGCCGCCGCCGCCGCCGCCGCCGCGGCCGCCGCGCCCACCCGGCUGCGCGCCAAGCACCUGCAUGAUGCCAUCGAGCUGGUGGCCAGCGUGUCCUUCAACCACCCCAACAUUGUCCAGCUCAUCACCUACUUUGUGGACGUGCGCGCACACGUCAGCCCAGACUGCGAUGACGCCGCCAACACCAACAUCAACGCCAACAACAACCCGCCGCCAGGCAGCGCGGUCGCCAGCCCCGGCCCCAACGCACGCACACCCCAGGGCAUCUACGUCGGCGCAGACGGCCGCGUCAGCAGGGCCGCCAACGGCCAGGCCGGCGCGCCGCCGCCUCCUCAGGAUCUGGAAUACGUGGAAGACUGCGUGGAUCUGGAUCUUGAAGCCGAGCAGGUGGACAACACGUACCUCGAUGGCGGCGAUGGCGGUGACGUGGACCAGGUUGCGGAGGUGGAGGAUCUGGUGGGUGACUACGAGGACGAGUACGGCGACGAGUACGGCGAUGAUGGCGGCGGCGAGUACGGCGGGGGGGCGCCGCCACUGGUGCCGCGGCCGCCCGUACAGCUGGUGCACAUGGACAGCGGCGGCUGCGGCGGCGGCAGCGCCGGCGGCGAGGGGCUCGGCGGCGGCGGCGGCUGUGGCGGCAGAGGCGAGGGGCCGCGCGGCGGCGCGGGCGGCACAGGCGCGGGCGCGGCGCAGCAGGGCGGCAAUGAGGCCAUUGUUCUGGUCAUGGAGUUCUGCGACCGCGGCUCCCUGAAGGAGGCCAUCACUCAGGGGGCCUUCCUGCUGUGGGGCGGAGACACAGCGGCGGCGGCAGCGGCAGGCGGCAGCCGCCAGCACUCCCCUGCAGCCGGGGGUGCGGCGGGUGCGGGUGCGGGUGCGGUGCUGCCGCCCCACCUGCAGGCGCUGCAGCUGGGCCAGUUCAGCAGCAGCAGUGGGGGGCUGGUGGCGGGCGCGGCGGCCGGCGGCGGCAUACGCGGCGGCCCACACAGCCUGGUGCCCUUCAACAUGAAGGCCGUGUACUCGACGCUUCUUGAGAUCUCCCUGGCUCUGCGCCACAUGCACGGGCUGCACAUGGUGCACUGCGACCUCAAGCCGCAGAACGUGCUGCUCAAGUCCAGCCCGCGCGACCCGCGCGGCUUCACAGCCAAGCUGUCCGACUUUGGUCUGGCCAAGAUGAUGGCGCACGACGAAAACGGCGAGCUGGCCAUCGACGAGAGCAUCCAGAGCGGCACCAUCACGCACCUGCCGCCCGAGGUGCUUCUGGGCAAGAGGCCGCUGGGGCCCGCAGUUGACGUGUACUCGUUCGGCAUCUGCAUGUGGCAGAUGGUGUGCGGCAUGGCGCUGUACGGCGGGCUGGACGUGCGCGGCCUCAUCCGGGGCGUGGUGCGGCACGCGCUGAGACCCACCUUCCCAGCCUGGGUGCCGCCCGAGUACAGGAUGCUGGCGCAGCGCUGCUGGGACUCCGACCCCGCCGCCCGCCCCACCUCCCUGCAGCUGGUGGCCGAGCUCGAGGCACUGCUGGAGGCACUGCCCGGCGGCGGCGGCGGCGGAGUGCCGAGGCGCAGUGGCGACUACUCGCCCCGCAGCGCCGCAGCCAGCCAGAGCGGCAUGCGCAGCAGAGGGCCCAGCAUGGCGGGCGGCGCCGGGGGUGCGGGCGGCGGCCCGCGCCGCAAGCCGCCGCUCAAGUGCGCCACUGACACCGCAAUCAACGGCGGCGGCGGCGGCGGCCAGGGCGGCCGGCCCGGGGCUGCAGGCGGCGGCGGCGGCGGCCGCGCCCGCGCGCCGCCGCCCCGAUACUUCUCCUACUACUGCACCUACGCACCUCCCGCCACAGGUCUGUACCAGGCGCAGUCGCCGCCGCCGCCGCACGUGCUGGCAACGGCCAGUGGCUGCGGCGGCACCGGCACGCCGCCGCGGCUGUCACCGGGCCUGUCGGUGGCAGCGCCAUCCGUUUCCUUCCCCACAGCCGCCGUGGGCGGGCCGGUGGGGGCCGGCAGCCGCUUCCCCCUGCGCACCAUUCCGCCUGCGCCGGUGACCGGAGCACCUGCAGGUGCGGCUGCGGCUGCGGCCGGACAACACGUGGCCGCGGCAGCAGCAGCCGGCGGCGCCGCCAGCGCCGCAUACCAGCCGACCUCGCUGUUUGGCAGCCUAAUGCUGCCGCUGCCGCUGCCAACGGCUGCAGGCGCUGCCGCCCCGGCUCCGGCCUCGGCCGCCGCUACGGUGUCUACGGCUGCGGAGGUGUCUCUAUACUCUCGGCUUGGGCCGCACGGGCUUACAGGCCUACACCACAACCGCCACCACCACCACCACCCACAGCAACAACAUCAACAGCAACAACAACAGUACCCAUCAUUUCCGGCCCGGCAACCCCAGCAACAGCCGGCGAGCCCGAUGGCGGCGGCGGCUGCAGUGGCUACUGCCGCUGCCAAUGCUGGCGCCGGCAGCGGAUCAGGGUAGCGGGUGCAUCUGUGCAGCACUGGAGUGGCAGGCUGAGUACCAACAGGACAUGGAGACAUGACCCACAUCACACAAGAGAAGCAAAAUCUCUGAAGCAAAAUCCGGUUCGAGUUGUGCUGUCGCCAUGUUGCAUGGGUGACUGCUGUCUGCAUGCCUUAUUAUGAAAUGGAAAACAUAAAUUCUUGGGGCCGCAAGAGCGACCGCGAGAGCGCAUUUGCUUGGGGCCAAGUCACCAACGCGUAGCGUGCUUGGGAUUUGGUGUGCCACCGCAAGUAUUUCAAAGGCAAGUUGCAGGAUUCACGCCACUGAUUUUGAUACAAGAGGGCAUUGAUAGAGGGCGUUUGCAAUGACUGCUGCUACUGCUGCUGCCACUGCAAGGGCCGGCAUUUUGCGCCUGAUUGCAAAGCAGGACGGCAGGAAGCGCACACUGACGCGGAGCCGGCCGGAACAAGCCAUAAUUGCGAUACGUGCCAGCGGUGUCAGCGGGAGUUUCCGACACACAGCCAUGCAUGGGAGCGCUCAGGAUUACAUCAUACCAGAGGGGAGAUGUACGACUGGCAUGUGUGAGCGUAUCCGGACCUGUUAGAUUUGAAUGUUUCCAAUUUGGGGGGCCGGGGCCUGCUUAUCUUUAACGGGGAAGACCGAGAGACGCGAGGGCCGCUUUCCACGCAGCCGCGCAUUAGGGCGGUGGAGUUACGCGCGGUCUGCAAAGCCGUGGGCGAAAGGUGGUCUUGAACAACAAACAAGAGAAGACUUUGCUUGUCGAGGGAGCUAAGAAUUACGCAAGCCGGCUCGUGGCUUGUGGGCGCCGCUGAGGGGCGUCUGAAGGCAGUCGACGAGGCGGUGGCGUUGCUGCAACGAUUGCGAGAAGAGGCGAGCAGGGGCGACAACAGGAAUCUGGGUUGUUGCGAGCCGGUGGUGUGCCGGAGCUAUCCGCGUCAGCAUUGUUGUGGGCCGAGUAGAGUUACGUUGUCCACAACACGCAUAUGCACACACACACACACAUUUUCGGGCGGCACUCACUGGUGCACGCGCACACAAACGUACACACACACACAUGCACACACACGAUUGGCCCCAUGACCUCAUAUUUCCGCAAAUGCUACGCGUGUGUUGCGUUGUCAGAGUGGUGUGUGUCCGUCAGUCGAAAUGCGCUUGUUGCGGCUGUAGGCGUUGGCGCAUCGCAAGUCGAUGUAAGUCAUCUGGCAAAAAGAACACAAGAACCCUUAUGUGAAGCGUUUGUUUGAGUGAUGGGUGAAUGUGCAACCAACAAUACGUGCACCCAGAGGAGAUUCAUGGCGGGAGUCGCGUGUGCCACACAUGUGCCUCCUGGAACUUACUUAGGCUUUUACAUUUCAUUCCAGCAUUGUUUCAGGUGCGUGAGAAAGGGCAACCUUUCUCACGGAGGGGCUUUGUGACGGCACUGCGUGGGCGGUGGCGGCAGGUUGGUUGGCGAUACUGGUCUGUCAUGCGGUCAUGUGCCAUCUUUUGUAUGGGGGCCCUCAGCGUAGUAUUAGUAUGAUCGUCGGCGCUGGUCUGUGUUUGUGCGUGAGUACAGAUGCGGCACCGCCCCCAGUUACUAAGUGCGGGGCUGAGCCGUGGGGCAUUGCAAUGGACCUUGCUGUGUGCCAUCCAGUCAGUUGGUACUUCGUUGGUGGGCCGGCGGCACUGGGCGGGAGUGCGCGGAAGGGUAGGUUGGCAGGGCCCCUCCAGGUCUGGCUCGGUUUGGUUUGCUUUAUAUCCGGCGCAAACGGCGGAGAUUGCUGGGGCAUGCAGGACUGCUUCGGCAAUGCUGUCAUGGGUGGGCUUCGGCGUGACCUCGUGAGCGUGUUGGGCGCCCUGUACCGUAUUGUCACUGCAUGGCUUUGUGGACUGCGCGGCGUGGGGUGCUUCGCGGCAGCCGCGUUUGCCGUGCUUCUGAGACUCGACUGCGUGGGAGGCUGGCAGUUUGCAAGGGCGUGAGCUGUAAAGGCUGGCUGACACAGAGCUUGCUCGGCGGUUCGUUGUGUGGUGUCAUCGCAAGCAUUUUUGUGGAUUACGGUAGUUCGGCUGCGAGCGCUCGUGUUUUGAUUUGUGUGUAAAGGUCGGAAGGCUUGAGGGCGCACGGAGGCCGGCCUGUGCUGGGGGCGUCGGCGUCUCAUCUCUAUUACCAAUUGCUUGUUGUUGUGAAUGCGUGUGAGGGUGGUGGUAAGUGAUGCGGCGGGUUCGCAGCCCAGGUGGGUCGCGGCAGUGGGGCGGUUGGCGGUUGGCGGAGUCUGUGUGGCAGGUCCCGCAGCGGCCGCACCCGGAUCCCGGCCGCAUGUACAACGUACGCUUGGAACUCGCGCGUGUGCGCUAGUGCUUGAAGGGCAAAACGCGUUACAUGUAUUUAUAUGUAAACGGCACACGCGGUCGAUGUGAGUACGCAAAGACGCGUGUCAAAGACAGGCGUCGCGCUGCCCGAUGCGUGGAAUCCGGACGUGCACCCCUGAGAGCUCGUGAUGGAACAUGGCAAGGGGCAGGAAAGCGUAGUCCCGAUGUGUGUGGCUCCCACCCGUGCCCACAUAAAUGCGUAGCAAGAAGGGACAAGGCAUUGGUGCGUCGUUCGCGCGCUGUUACUGUACCGACGGUAGCUGGCAGGUUGUGUCGAUGUUUUGCUGACGCGCAUUCCUCACGCUCCGGGCGCCCGGCCAAGGCGAUAGCACCACACAGACUCAAUGCGACGCCACACCGCGCGGAUAGCAUAGCCGAUGCGCACCUGCAGGCAGUCGACCGGCGUCCACGGAUGAGCUGUGUAGACGAGCACUAGCGUAAUGCAACGGCGUGCAGCAAAACAAUGGCCGGGCGACAGUGUGACAAGCAGGGGCAAGAACAAGGCGAAGCAAAGCAGAAGAGGGGCCCGAAUGUGUACGACAAUUGUGGCGGGCAGGCCGAAUGCGGUGCAACACGCCAACAACACAACCGGAGGUGAGGAAGCGUUGCUGAUGGUGAGGAUAGGUGCUGCGACGUUCGGUAGGGG